AUUGCUUUGCUCUCUUUUAAUACUAGUAGGAAAUUUAAUAAUAAUAACGAUAAUAACAAUAAUAUGAAACUAAAUUUUAGUUGGUCCACAUCUAUUCUCACCUUGAAUAGAUCCAAGUGCCAAUGGAAUAAACAUUGUUGAAUACUAGAGUUGACUUUAAAUGUUUUAUUCAAAUCUGUGGGAAAAAAAAGAUUUUUUUGGAAUACAGCUUGAACAGAACAGGUCAAAGACUGAGACAGUUAUCUUUGUCAAUUGUUUUCCCUUUCUAAGUUCAUUCUCUUUUUUAUUUUUAUUUAUUUAUUAUUUAUUUGUAGUUAAUGUAUUUUAUUCUCAAUUAAUCAAUUUCAACUUCCUUGGGUAAUAAGAAUAAAGGGUGAUGCACUGUCUUACUUCAUCAAUGUUUGUCACAGCCAACUAUAUUUUACAUGUGUAUAUAUAUACAUAUAUACAUAUAUAUAUAUAUAUAUAUAUAUUUAUAUAUGUAUGUAUGUAUAUGUACAACUUGGCAAAAUCUCAUAGUAAGCACCUCUUUUUCCAGACCUUCAAAAUUUGAAGCUUUCCCACUUUAUCAAAUAUGGCUCAAAUGGUGGGUACAGAUGAAAUAGAGUCACUGAGGAUUGAGUUGGCGGAGAUUGGAAGAAGCCUGAGAUCAUCAUUUCGGCAUCACACCCCGAGUUUCAGAAGCAGUGCUUCAGCAUUGAGCUCUGCAAAGGAUGAUGCUGAUGUUGAAUAUGCUUUGCAAUGUGCCGCCAUUGAGAGGCUGCCAACCUUUGAACGGAUAAAAUCAUCACUGUUUGAUAAGGAUGAUAAAAAAGGUGGGGAUGAUGAGAAAGUCAAAAGGGUAGUUGAUGUUACCAAGCUUGGAGAUGAAGAACGCCGUCUAUUCAUAGAGAAGCUCAUCAAACAUAUUGAGAAUGACAACCUUCAAUUGUUGCGCAAAAUUCGAAACAGAAUAGACAAAGUUGGUGUGGAACUGCCUACUGUAGAGGUGAGAUAUAAGAAUCUAUCUGUGAAAGCAGAAUGUGAGGUAGUUCAUGGCAAGCCCCUCCCAACUAUAUGGAAUUCCCUGAAAAGCAUCCUUUCUGGGUUCGCCAAGGUGCCAGGUUCUGGGUCUCGUAAAGCCAAGAUAAGAAUAAUAAAUGAUGUCAGUGGUGUCAUAAAGCCUGGAAGGUUAACUCUACUGCUUGGUCCACCAGGAUGUGGGAAAACAUCCCUUCUGAAGGCACUGUCAGGCAAUUUAGACAAAUCCCUCAAGUCCAGAGGGGAAAUUUCUUACAAUGGACACAAACUAGAGGAGUUUAUCCCCCAGAGAACUUCUGCGUACAUAAGCCAAUUUGACCUGCACAUUGCUGAGAUGACUGUUAGAGAAACACUUGACUUCUCAGCACGUUGUCAGGGUGUUGGAAGUCGAGCCGAGAUUAUGCUGGAGGUCAGUAAAAGGGAGAAGGAGGCAGGAAUAGUACCAGAUCCAGAUAUAGAUACUUACAUGAAGGCAAUAUCUGUAAAAGGACUUGAAAGAACCCUUCAAACGGACUACAUACUUAAGAUACUUGGACUUGAUAUCUGCGCUGACACUUUGGUGGGAGAUAUCAUGAGAAGAGGCAUCUCUGGUGGGCAAAAGAAAAGACUGACAACAGGGGAGAUGAUUGUUGGUCCAACAAAAGCUUUGUUCAUGGAUGAGAUAACAAAUGGCUUAGAUAGUUCCACUGCAUUUCAGAUUGUUUCUUGUCUUCGGCAGCUGGUGCAUAUUACGGAUUCUACAGUACUGGUUUCACUUCUUCAGCCAGCACCUGAAACCUUUGAGCUCUUUGAUGAUCUCAUUUUAAUGUCUGAAGGGAAAAUUGUGUAUCAUGGUCCUCGAGAUAAUGUUGUCGAAUUUUUCGAGGAUUGUGGGUUUAGGUGUCCUGAGAGGAAAGGAAUUGCUGACUUCAUCCAAGAGGUCAUCUCUAAAAACGAUCAAGCACAAUACUGGUACCACACUGAACAACAUCACAGCUAUGUAUCAGUUGAUAUGUUCUCCAAUAAAUUCAAGGAAUCAAGUUUUGGGAAGAAGCUAGACCAGGAGCUGUCAGAGCUAUAUAAUAAAUCUCAUAGCAAUGAGAAUGCACUUUCAUCUAGAGUGUAUACUCUUUCUAAAUGGGAACUUCUUAGAGCUUGCACAGCAAGGGAAAUUCUUCUCAUGAGGAGGAAUUCUUUUAUCUAUGUAUUCAAAACAACUCAGCUUAUAAUCUUGGCAGUUAUCACGAUGACAGUAUUUUUGCGUACUCGAAUGGAUAUUGAUGUUCUUCAUGCAAAUUAUUAUAUGGGUGCCCUGUUCUAUGCUCUUAUAUUACUUGUUGUUGAUGGAUAUCCUGAGAUGUCCAUGACUAUUCAAAGGCUUGAAACUUUCUACAAACAAAAGGAAUUGCGUUUUUACCCAGCUUGGGCAUAUGCUAUUCCUGCCACUCUUUUAAAAGUUCCUUUUUCAUUGUUGGAAGCUCUUGUUUGGACUUCUCUUACUUAUUAUGUUAUUGGAUUCAGUCCUGAGGUCCACAGGUUCUUCCGGCAGUUGUUUCUCCUUUUUGCUGUUCACUUAGCGUCAUUAUCCAUAUUUCGUUUCCUGGCAUCAGUUUUUCAAACUAUGAAUGCAGCAAUGACAGCUGGUAGUUUUGGAUUAUUGUUUAUGUUUCUAUUUGGUGGCUUCGUUAUCACAAAACCUUCUAUGCCUGUAUGGUUGAAGUGGGGUUUUUGGGUUUCACCCAUGUCAUAUGGGGAGAUUGGUCUGUCUGUUAAUGAGUUCCUCGCACCUCGAUGGCAGAAGAUGCUCUCGACAAACAUUACCAUAGGACAAGAAGCACUUGAAAGCCGUGGACUAAACUUUGAUGGAUAUCUUUAUUGGAUAUCAGUUGGUGCCUUAUUUGGAAUGACACUGGUUUUCAACAUUGGAUAUAUAUUGGCUUUGGGUUUCUUGAAGGCUCCUUCGGCCUCUGCUGUUAUUAUUUCACAUGAAAAGUUCUCCCAACUUCAGAAAACUGAAGAUUCCCAUGGCCAUGCUCUUGAGGAAGAGGAGCUUCACCCUUCUGAUAAAGGAAGGAUGGUCCUACCGUUUACUCCCUUAACACUGGUGUUUGAAGAUGUGCAAUACUAUGUUGACACUCCUUUGGAAAUGAAAGAACAUGGAUUCACUAAGAAGAAACUCCAACUUCUAUCAGAUAUUACAGGAUCAUUAAGGCCUGGCAUUCUCACAGCAUUAAUGGGGGUUAGUGGAGCUGGGAAAACAACUCUUUUAGAUGUUCUUGCUGGGAGAAAAACUACUGGCUAUAUAGAAGGGGUCAUAAAGGUUGGUGGGUACCCAAAGGUUCAAGAGACUUUUGCUAGGAUAUCAGGCUACUGUGAGCAGACUGAUAUACAUUCUCCACUAAUUACUGUGGGAGAAUCUGUCAUCUUUUCGGCUUGGCUACGACUAGAUCCUAAGAUUGACUCCAAAACCAAAUCUCAAUUUGUGAAUGAAGUCCUUGAGACCAUUGAGCUUGAAGGAUUAAGAGAUGCAUUAGUAGGCAUACCUGGCGUAAGUGGUCUCUCAACUGAGCAGCGUAAGCGGCUUACAAUAGCAGUGGAGCUUGUUUCAAACCCCUCUAUAAUCUUCAUGGAUGAACCCACAUCUGGUUUGGAUGCACGAGCAGCUGCAAUUGUCAUGAGAGCAGUGAAGAAUGUAGCUGAUACAGGAAGAACAAUUGUCUGCACUAUCCACCAACCUAGUAUUGACAUAUUUGAAUCAUUUGAUGAGUUAAUUCUUUUGAAAACUGGCGGACGCAUGAUCUACUCAGGGCCACUAGGCAAGCAUUCAAGUGCAGUAAUAGAGUAUUUUGAGCAUAUCCCUGGAGUUCCGAAAAUUAAGGAUAAUUAUAAUCCUGCAACAUGGAUGCUAGAUAUUACUUCUGUAUCUGCAGAAGCUGAACUUGUUCUAGAUUUUUCCCAAAUAUACAGGGAAUCUUCUUUAUAUGUAAACAACAAAGAACUUGUAAAGCAGUUGAGCAGUCCACCACCUGGUUCAAGAGAUUUGCAUUUCCCAACUCGGUUUUCACAAAAUGCCUGGGGACAAUUCAAAUCCUGCCUGUGGAAACAGCACUUGUCAUAUUGGAGAAAUCCUCCAUACAACUUGAUGCGUAUCACGCACACAUUUAUAUCAGCCUUGAUUUUUGGGGGACUAUUUUGGAACCAAGGAAAAAAACUAUCCAACCAGCAGAACGUGUUCAAUAUAUUUGGUUCAAUGUACUCUGCUGUGCUAUUCGUGGGCAUAAAUAACUGUGCAACUGUUCUACAAUAUGUAGCCACAGAGCGAACUGUGAUGUAUCGGGAAAAAUUUGCAGGGAUGUACUCUACAUGGGCCUACGCACUUGCCCAGGUGGCAGUUGAAAUUCCCUAUCUAUUUACUGAGUCAGUACUUUUUACUGCCAUAUCAUAUCCAAUGAUUGGAUAUUAUGGAUCAGGAUAUAAAAUAUUCUGGUACUUCUAUUCCAUGUUCUGUUCACUGCUUUACUUCAACUAUAUGGGAAUGAUGCUUGUUUCAUUGACACCAAACUUCAUGAUAGCUGGAAUUAUAUCAUCAGUCUUCUACACAUUAUUCAAUCUCUUUGCAGGCUUUCUAAUUCCUGAACCAGAUAUUCCAAAGUGGUGGAUUUGGUUGUAUUAUCUGACUCCUACAUCUUGGGCACUGAAUGGUAUGCUUACUUCACAAUAUGGAGAUGUACACGAGCAAAUUGUAAUCUAUGGGGAAACUAAAACUGUGGCUUUCUUCUUAGAAGACUACUUCAAUUUUCACCGCGAUCGUUUGCCUCUUGUGGCACUUGUCCUCAUUGCUUUUCCCUUUGCUUUUGCGACCCUUUUUGCAUAUUUCAUUGGAAGAUUGAACUUCCAGAAGAGAUAAAAUCUUAUUUUGUCUCCAAUGGAAAAUGUUGUACCUACCUAGCUUUGACCCCUCCAUUUCUCUGUAAUAUACAUACACAACCAAUAUAUGUAACCUAUUAAUUGCUACAGUUUACAAUUUCCUUCGGUGCAGUUUGUUAGUAUUGUUUGAUAACUUGUAGCUUUUUGGUUUAUACAGGAAGAUUGAACUUCCAGAGGAGAUAAAUCUUGCUUUGUCUCCAAUGGAAAAUUUAUACAUGCCUAGAUGUAACCAUCUUUUUCUCUGUAAUAUACAUAUAUAAUCAAUACAUGUAUCGUACUAAUUGUUAUAAAUAAGAAUUUACUUAGGUGCCGUUAGUUAUGGUAUCAUUUAAUAA